AUGAUGGAGGGGCCAGAUUCGAAGCGAGAUCUUGCAGCCGAUGGCGGCCAGCUUCUCAUCCCCCACCGCCUCUACGACGCCGACGAUCCUUACGCAUCCACGUACAGUCUCCCUAACCCAUCGGACUCGACCGUCCCCCUCACCAGCGCGGACGCAGAAAACAUCCGGACAGCAGACGCCAUGCCUGGCCAUCGCUCCGCAUACAGCAACAUCGACGACGGCACUCCUUACCGCGAGCCCGCCUACGCCAACAGCCAGUGGCUUGAGAAGCAGCAGGCUAGCAACCGCCGCUCCAAGUUUGUUGUUAUUGGCUCAAUCGUCGCACUCCUCGUGUUAGUUGCCGUCGGCGUCGUCGUCGGCAUCCUCGUUACCCGAAGCCACUCCUCUUCCUCCUCCUCCAAGAGCGGUUCCAAGUCCGGCUCUACCUCGGAGGGUGUCGCGGUCGGCCCAUAUGGCGUUGUCAAGCAGACAAACCCGGACGACCCCAGUACCUUCAUCAAGGACCCGAACCUCCUUCAUUCGUUCUAUGGCAUCGCAUACACCCCGGACAACUCGCAGCUCCCGGACUGUGGUAACUCACUUGCUGCGGUCAUUGAAGACAUUCAGCUCAUGUCCCAGUUGACCACGCGUAUCCAUCUUUACGGUGCUGACUGCAACCAGUCUGCUCUUGUCCUCGAAGCCGUCAAGCAAACCAAGGUCAACAUGACCAUCUGGCUCGCAAACUACAACGUUGCGACCAACUCAACACCGUACGUGCAACAGCGUGACUACAUCAUGGACGCGAUCAAGACAUACGGCACCACUAACAUCGGUGGCGUUGCGGUCGGCAAUGAGUUUAUCCUUGACUACAUGGGUGCGCAUGAAGGCGGCACAAACCCUGAUGGUCCCGUUGGCGACCAGGGUGCCCAGCUGCUCAUCGCCAACAUCACGGACACACGCAACACGCUCAAGGCGGCAGGCUACGACCUCCCCGUCGGCACUGGCGACGCGGGCGCAUACUUCAACACCGAGGUCCUUGAGGCUGUCGACUUUGGUUUCUCGAACGUCCACCCGUGGUUCGCGAACGUGUCAAUCGCACAAGCCGCCGGUUGGACGUAUAACUUCUUCGAGGAUAUAAACGUAGACGCCGCGCAGAAUGUGUCGAACCAGCCUACUAUGUACAUUGGCGAGACUGGCUGGCCCACGAACUCAACGGACGAGUCGAACUUGAGCAAUGGGCCGUCUAUCGCGUCCGCGCCAAACAUGCAGACGUUCCUGAACGAUUUCGUCUGUGGCUCGAAUACUAACGGCACGAAGUACUUCUACUUCGAGUUUGGAGACGAGCUCUGGCAAGCACUCCAGUUCGGUGGAGUCGAGGGUUCGUGGGGCCUGUUCUACGGAAACCGCACUAUGAAGCCUAUUACUAUACCCAACUGCACGCUCUCCUAAACGGUGCGCGCACCAUACACACCUAUCCGCACACAUCACACGUCCCGUAUCAUCCCAUUCGCAUUUGCAUUCGUAAGGGUGCCCGGACACUUCCCGUACACAGAACGUUUUGGCGUGCGCAUGCCGUGUAUUCUUUAUCGUACGCAGUACAUUAUACCUUCUUACACUUGUUUCUUCGAUUCCUUGCUUUUGUGCGCCAAGGACAGAUAUGUGGUCCGGCGGCGGCGUUGACACUGGUGGUGGAGUAGUGGUUUUAUGUGUCGGCCCCGUGGUCGUCGAUGAUGGUGGUCUUCCAGGUUGCGUAUGAUGUGUACUGUAUUCCUCCGAGGAUUUGACUGGAGACGUCGACGGGACGCUGCCGUUUGACUGGACUGGAAUUGAACGCUUAUACUUUGUCUGGCGCACUGUAGUAAUGUUGCGUAUAAUUUUCGUAUGAGACAAAUGCAAGUUCUAUGCA